UAGACGUCGUCGCUCGUGUCAUGGCCGUCUGUCCUCUCCCCGGAGAUGGAAUCACUUACAUGUCACCUUUGGCCGCCGACACCGCCUCUGUCUUCACCCACGCCCGCAGGCCGUGACCAGCCAGUCUAUUGUACCAGUACUCGCCAGAACAUUUUGCCUAUAGUGAACGCCCACGUGUACAUCACGUACUCUUAAACUGCGCCCACAUACGCACUGGCAUUGAGUUGUGGAUUUGUGGAUUGAAAGUUAAAAAAUGUUUAACACGAUCCAGUAACUGACAUUUAUCUCUACAAAGCAUUAUAACCAAUUACCGGUGAAGAUAUGUUCAAUAAUUAUUGUCAAAAAGUAUAGUCAAAAAUUUAUUAGGAUAAAUUGAUAGUUCGUAAAUCAAAUAAGGUAGUCUGUAGAGAAGGAACAAACCGAACAUUUUGACACUUGUUGUUGAGCCGUGACGACGGAGGUGGUCAUCUGGGGCACGUGAAGAAGCAAGUUAUCGGGGUUUAUAUUAUUAGUGUUGUUUACCCAGACUUAUCACCAUUCAUAGACAAUUAUAUGAACAGGAACCUCCCAGUCCAGCCAGUUGGUUGCUCACCCUCAAUAAUUGAAUCUCGGUGCUUUAACGACCAUAGUUAAUUAAACCUUAGCCUAAACUUCUACUUCUCUUGGAGAAUCAAAUAGCAUCAGUAUUAUUUCAACAAUGAAUUUAAUUUGAAUCUCACCCCGGGUCUUGAAUUAGCGUGUAUGCUAUCGGCGAGAGUGAAGGUCUACACACGAGCAGUGGAAUAGCAGUCCUUGAACUUUUGCACAAUCAAAAGAAGUUGUUCAGCGGAAGUGAAAUAGGUGUGAGGGGAAGGCGAGGAGGGAGAGGAGUGAGGCCAGGAGACGUCAAGCACGUCCCAAGAAGUACUGGCAUGGCUUAGGUGAACUUAUGUACAGGAAGAGUAUAGACAUGACACAGAAUGUGGCAGGCAGCAAGUAUGGCGUGUCAAAGGAGCAGCUGCGGCAGCUCAUGGACGCCAGGGGCGCUGACGGCCUACAGCGUCUACGAGAACAGUUCGGUACGGUGGAGGAUGUCUGCCACCGACUGCACUCACACCCCACCGAUGGUAUUGGUACCUUGCCGGAGGAGCUGGCGAUGCGUCAAGAGGCGUUCGGAAUCAAUGUCAUCCCACCCAAGAAGCCGGCCACCUUCCUGCAGCUUGUCUUACGAGCUCUCAAGGACACCACUCUCAUCGUCCUGCAGGUGGCUGCCGUCGUCAGUAUCGUCCUCUCCUUCUUCCACGCUCAGGAAAAGCAUGAGGAUAGCGGUAAUAAGGAUCCUGCCAAGGCGGCCGUUCAAAACGACUCAGAUGAGCAAGCACCCCCAUGGAUCGAGGGCGUGGCCAUCCUGGUGGCGGUGGUGGUGGUGGUUCUGGUCACCGCCUUCAAUGACUACAGCAAAGAGCGUCAGUUCCGGGGCCUGCAGAAUAAGAUAGAGAACGCCCAUUACUUCUCUGUGGUCCGUGCCAGGAACGUCACACAGUUACCCCUGAGUGAGAUCCUUGUCGGUGACAUCUGUCAGAUCAAGUAUGGAGAUAUGUUGCCAGCUGAUGGUCUCUUGAUCCAGGGUUCAGACCUUAAGGUGGAUGAGUCUUCACUCACAGGCGAGAGUGACCAUGUCAAGAAGAGUGAAACUACCGACCCUUUGCUCUACUCAGGGACAACAGUGAUGGAGGGGAGCGGGAGAAUGGUAGUGACCGGUAUUGGUGUCAACUCGCAGGCUGGCAUCAUCAUGACCCUCCUCGGUGCCACAGACAAAGGAAAGGAGGGAAAGGAAGCAGGAAAAUCAAAAGGUCAACCAGAAGAAAAAAGUGAAAAAUCAGUCUUGCAGCUGAAGCUGUCAAAAUUGGCUCUUCAGAUUGGAUAUGCAGGUUCUGCAAUAGCCCUCUUGACCAUUGUGAUUCUGGUGGUGAAGUUCUGUGUAAAGACAUAUGCAGUUGAAAAGAAGAAAUUCAACAUGACUCACAUCAACUCAUUUGUGCACUUCUUCAUCAUUGGUGUAACAGUGCUAGUGGUUGCAGUGCCAGAGGGUCUUCCCCUCGCUGUCACCAUCUCCCUCGCUUUCUCUGUCAAAAAAAUGAUGAAAGAUAACAACCUAGUUCGGCACUUGGAUGCCUGCGAAACCAUGGGCAAUGCCACAACCAUUUGCUCUGACAAGACAGGAACUCUUACCACCAACCGCAUGACUGUUGUUGCUGCUAAUAUUGCUGGCACCAUGUACAGGACACUGCCAAAGUAUGAGGACCUUCCCUCAAGUGUUGCAGAGAUGACAGUGAUGGCCAUCAGCAUCAACACUAACUACACUUCAAAGAUCAUUCCCUCUGACACCCCAGGAGAGUUACCUAAACAGAUUGGCAACAAAACGGAGUGCGCAUUGUUAGGGUUUGUGACAGACCUUGGCCAAAGCUACCAGGGUAUUAGGGACCAAUACCCGGAAGAGAAAUAUGUCAAAGUUUACACCUUUAACUCUGCUCGGAAAUCCAUGUCAACAGUGGUUCCCUUGGGUGCCGGAGGGUUCAGGGUCUUUACGAAGGGUGCUUCAGAAAUUGUCGUCAAAAGGUGCACUUUCAAAUUAAACAAGCAAGGUGAGGUUGCUAAAAUUACUAUGGAGGAGCAGAAGCAGCUUGAGCGGGAUGUGAUCAACCGUAUGGCCUCUGAAGGCCUCCGCACCAUUGGUGUUGCCUACAGGGACUUCGUACCAUUCGAGGCCAACAUGAACCAGACAAAGAUCAGCAAGACACCAGAGUGGGAGGAAGAGGACAGCAUUAUCUCCAACCUGACACUCCUGGCCAUCCUUGGUGUAGAGGACCCUGUUAGGACAGAGGUUCCUGAUGCCAUUAGGUUGUGUGAAGGAGCGGGAGUGACAGUGAGGAUGGUGACUGGCGACAAUGUCAAUACUGCCAGAUCCAUUGCUGGCAAGUGCGGUAUUCUCAAGCCUGGACGUAAUGGUCUUGUUAUGGACAGUAAAGAAUUCAAUCAAAGAAUACGAGAUAAUAAUGGUGAGGUGUCACAGAAGUUGUUUGACCAAGUGUGGCCACAUCUGCGAGUGUUGGCGCGAUCUUCACCACAGGACAAGUAUGUGUUGGUGCAAGGUAUCAUUAGCUCCCAUGCUGGAAACACCAGGCAGGUAGUGGCUGUCACAGGUGAUGGCACCAAUGAUGCCCCAGCACUCAAGAUGGCUGACGUGGGCUUUGCCAUGGGCAUCACGGGUACCGAUGUGGCCAAGGAGGCAUGCGACAUUGUCUUAACAGAUGACAAUUUCUCAUCCAUUGUGAAGGCAGUCAUGUGGGGUAGGAACGUUUACGACUCCAUCUCCAAGUUCCUCCAAUUCCAGUUAACUGUUAAUUGUGUAGCUGUCACUGUCGCCUUUGUCAGCGUCUGUAUCAUUAGUGACUCUCCCCUGAAGACAGUGCAGAUGCUAUGGGUGAACUUGAUUAUGGAUACUUUGGCAUCACUUGCGCUGGCCACGGAGCCGCCUUCUGCUGCUCUCCUGCAUAGAAAACCAUAUGGAAGAACCAGUCCACUCAUCUCUCGCAUCAUGCUCAGGAAUAUUAUUGGUCAAGCAUUCUUCAUGAUUAUCAUCAUUUUUCUCCUCCUUUUCUAUGGUCAUCGCCUAGUGGACAUCGACGACGGGCUUAAUGCCAAACUGGGCGAGCCUCCUUCACAACACUUCACGAUUAUCUUUAAUGUUUUUGUCAUGAUGACUCUCUUCAAUGAGAUCAAUGCUCGCAAGCUCCAAGGAGAACACAACGUCUUUCAGGGUAUUACUAAUAACCCUCUUUUUUAUGGAAUCUGGAUUGUCACAUUUCUUGCACAGAUUGUGAUUGUCCAAGUUGGGGGCUAUGCUGUUAGCACUGCAGCACUGACGUUUGAUCAGUGGCUAUGGUGUGUGUUUUUUGGCUUAUUAACUCUUCUCUGGGGUCAAGUUCUGAACAGUGUCUCCAGUGUCAUCAUCUACUUCAUGGAUAGCAGAAUGAACACCAUGGACAGAUCAGCUGCAGUUCACCCAGAAGGGGAGGUUCCUCAUGGCGUCUCAGUCGACUCACUGGAAAGGGCCUUAAAUAAGAAGAAGCGAGAUGCAAAUGUCUUCUGGAUUGAGAGCAUUACUGAUCUGCAGACACAGGUGAUACGAGGCUGGGUGGAAGGUCCGCUGCUCCCUGUACCCUUCCGCAAGGCACCACAUGACCAGGCCAUACGUGUCGUCCGAGCAUUCCAGUCCGGGCUUGAAGGGAGUGAUGACGCUGAAAAAGCUUGCCGGGAUAGAAAACGAAAGAUGGGAGUCCCUCAGGAUCGAAUCACAGCCUCAGACUUUGACCGCGACUCGAUCGACAGGCUCAUUGACUCAGAAGAAUUCAACAUGCCAGAAAUUGAAGGGUCACGAUAAUGGAACUGUCUUGAUAAAGGUACAGGAGAUAGACAGCAUGGGGCUCAAUGUUCCUCAGCUUGAAGUGAAUAGUGUGCCUUUCUCCACACCCCUACGACACUCUCGAUGAACAGUAUGCAUCUCUUUACACCCAUGGAACAUCCAGAAUGAACAGUGCUGUCACUUUCCAUGCCCAUGCAGCAACCCUGAUCAACAGAGUGCAUCAUUUCAUGUGUAUGUGGCAUUUGGUAAAUGCUGAAGUGCAUUUUUUCUCUCUCACAUCAAAAUGACACCUAUUGGUUGACAGUGCAAAGUUCUUCAUUUGAAGUGACACCUACAGUGAGCACUGUACCUGUACAACUUCCCAGAUUCAUGCAACACCCAUAGUUGCAUGGUGUGCUGAUCUCAUCCAAAUACUAAAAGUGAAGUAUGAUCAUAUGCAUCUGAAAUUCUGUGAUUCAAAUUAUGUAAUUCAAAGAUUAGAAUCAAAUUCAGUACCUGUUAAUCUAUGAUGUGGUGUAGCUGCUUUCUGCCACUAUAUCUAGUCCAUCCAAGUGCAUUAAAAAAUACAUGCAUUAUUAUAUUUAAAUACAGUAUUGUUUAGCCCAUUAACAUAGCAAAAUUUUCUUCUUUUACCAUAUGUAGAUAUGCAAUAAUUAGAAUUCAAAUAACCUUAUUAACAAUUAUGAAAUUCUUGUAUUCUGUCAUUAGCUGUAGAAUAUUUCUUGUAGAUAAUUCUGAACUGCUGAAAGUCUCCCUCACACUCGGAUAUGAUCAACAAAGCCUUAUAAAAUUAUCUUAUACUAUACUGUAUUUCUCUCUGUGUUUAAAAGCUGUCCCAAAUUUAAACACUGGUAUCAAAAUUCUAUUCAUGUGCCAUUUAUUUUUUUACAAGCUACGGUACAUAAGUUCAUACAGUACAGUAAUCUAAUUUGAAUAGGUGUCCAAGCUGACAUUGUCAUAAAAUUAUAAUUCAAGUGAAUAUUCAAGCUGGCUAGUAACCAAAUCUUAUUUCUUGUUAGCCUUAUAGUUGCUGAGAAGUACCAAUGUGAGAGCAGACUGUAUUAACAAAUACAAAUUUUGCCUGAUUGAAUACAAAAUAAAACAAAAAUCCUUAUAAGAGAAACAGCAUCUGUAAAUAAGUCAACUCUCAUUGUGGUGUUUCUCUGGAAGUCUGUUAUUAAAUUUUAUGCAGUAUAAAAACUAGCGUUGAAUAUAAUGAAACGCCAUUUUCUGAGUGAGACCCGGUGGCUCCCCGGAGCUUAUCCAGGCUGAUAUGCUAAUGUCAGACUUUGGCAUCAGUCAUGUGUUUGGAGUUCUCUGUGUAUGGAGGCCUAGCUACCAGGUACCAUGAGCCAGAACCUGGCCCCAU